AUGCGAGCCAUGUGGGACCUGCCGGGCGUGAGAACGGUGUGGGAGCGGAGGCGAGAAGCAUCAGGGAAGGUUCCGUUCCAGAUGAAGCGGGUCGGCGACAAGCUCGUGCCUUUCAUCGGCCUUGAAGAGCUCCAAGGGGUGACGCUCAUUCUCCUGUGCCGCCACUUCAGUGGGCGGGGCAAGCGGUUGUGGCCGACAGGGCUGGCGGGCAGCGAGGGCGACGCCGUGCUGGCGGUGUGCGCGGUGGCGCGCGUGGAGAGCGCGUGGCAGCCCCUUGCGUACCGCUUCGAGCCCCGCCUUGGGGAGGCGAGCACCGGACUCAUGCAGGUGCUGCAGUCGUCAGCGGAGUGGCUAGCGAGGGACAUGGGGUACCGUGCCUACUCCGUAGACUGGUCCUCUUCCAUGCUCUACCGCCCCUUCGAGGCCAUGUACUAUGGCAUGGCGUACCUCGCAUGGCUCACCACAUACAAGGGCACCACGCGCAGUGAGGAGUAUGUGGUGCGUGCAUACAAUGGCGGGCCGGGUGGGUGGGAGAAGCCAUCCACUGCAAGGCACUGGAACAAGUACCUGCAGGCGAAGGAGGUGAGAGGGGGAGCGUGGUGUGUGUUGCGCAGAUAG